UACGCACAGGAACGUGGAGUUUUGUUUUAAUUAAGUUAGUAGCUCAAAAUUACACAUUUCUAAUUUAAAUGACUGCCAACAGCCAAAUAUGCUCAAUAUGGCUAGGGUCCGAAACGGGGAUAUUAAAAGGUGUGAGGCUCAUCAAAAAGCAGGCGUUUAACUUUUGUGAGAUGAGUUGUUUGAGUCGGGAUCAGGAGGUGUGUGUGAUGGCAUGGGGAGAUCCUCAUGAAUCAGAGGUGUUAGUGGGCAGUGUAAAUGGCGCAGUGAAAACUUUCAGCACAGAUAAGGGGAUCUUCACAGGAAGCAGAGAAUGUGGGGAUCCAUCCCAAGGCAGAUUUACAGGAUUGGCAGUAAAUGAAAGUGCUUUGAUCACGUGUGUGGAGUCGGGACUUCUGAAAGUGUGGAAAGAAGGCAGUACAGACACAGUUGAAGUAAAUGUUGGAAAUGGAAUUUGCAGAAUGCGACAAAAUCCAUCACAGCGCCGACAUGUGGCUACAGGGGGGAAAGAGAACACUCUCAAAGUGUGGGACCUGGAGAGACCUGAUAAACCAGUAUUCACAGCCAAAAACGUAGCGCAUGAUUGGUUAGACAUGCGAGUACCUGUCUGGGUGAGAGACAUCGGCUUUAUCCCAGACUCAGACAAAAUAGUAACAUGUACUGGACACAACCAGGUGAGAGUGUAUGACCCCUCAGCUUCCCAGAGGAGGCCAGUGAUGGAGGCUAAGUGUGGAGAAUUCCCCCUCACAGCACUCUCUCUCCCUGCCAGUCAGGGCACAGUGGUCGUUGGUAAUACUCAUGGUCAGCUCACCAUUCUGGACCUCCGGAAAGGGCUUGUGCGUGGGUGUCUCAAGGGUCUGGCAGGGGCAGUGCGGGGGUUGCAGUGCCAUCCAUCCCUCCCGUUGGUGGCCUCUUGUGGUUUAGAUCGUUUUCUGAGAGUACACAGCCUAGAGGAUCAUUCCUUACAACACAAGGUGUAUCUGAAGUCACGACUCAAUUGCGUACUGCUCUCAAGCAGAGAACUGGAGUCAUCUAGUUUGGAUGUUACUGGAGAUGUCGAGGAGGUGAAAGGAGAGGAAGAUGAAGUUUGGGAUACCAUGGAAACAGUAACUGAGAAAACAAAAAAGAGGACCACCCAGAGCGAGGAAGCAGCAGUUUCCGGGGUAGAAGGCAAAAAGAAGAGAAAAGUAGCAAAGAAGUGAUGGAGAAACAAAAUAUAUUUUAUAAUUUUAUAAACUGUUUUUUAUUUCAUGGGUAUCAACAAUGGGCCAGAUGACACUAAAAAAUAAGCAACUGUGACUAUAGUAAUGUUUGUUGUCAUUACAGUUUCUUGCAAUUUGGAAGUAAACAGAAUAGUGGAAUUUAAAGAGCAUUAUGUACAUCAUUAGCACACACAAAAUGCAUGUUGCAUUUAAAAGUUUGUCCUUCAUUCUCACAUAGCAAGAGCUUUAUGUUUUAUAAUUGGGAAAUUAAGGAAGAAAAUAUUGUAUUUAUUUAAUAAUAAUAUUAUUCACUUAAAAAGAGACAAAAGAGAUCAUUUUUUAUUUAAAAAUAAAAGCAAAUAUCUUGGUUACAGUAAGAUACUCACAGUGGAAAUGAAUGGCACCAGUCCAAAAACAUUAAAAUGCACACUGUUUCAAAAGUUUAGCCAAAAGACAUAAACAUUAUGAUAACUUGAAUUUAGUGUGAUAAAAAUGCUUAACAUUUUUUGUGUGCUAUUACUCUGGUGAACAACAUAAAUUAAUGAUUUUGUCACACUAAAAUCAUGUUAACACUUAUAAUUUUUACGUCUUGUGGCUAUACUUUUGAAACAGUGUGUAUAAUGAUUAUGGACUGACACCAUUCACCUCCAUUACAGUUUUUGCUUUUUUUUUAAUGUAAGGGACCAGAGAAUUAUUAUUAUCACAUAGGCUGUCGAUUGAGCUUGAUUUGUAUUGAACCCAGAAUAUUUCUUGAAAACUCCUGCUCAAGGCAUGUGUAUCCACAGUAAAUGUACAGUAGUGCAUUGUAAAUUUACGGAAAUAAGAGGAAAAGCAUAAAUCUUUGCUGUUUAAGACUUGUAACCUUGACUGGGAAUGACCAUACAUACCUCAAUGCUAAGUGGGUGUGUGCAUGCACACACAGUUCCAAUCUUACAUAUUUCGUUAUGCACACUUUAACACACCCUAUCUUAGCAUGUUCUCUGAUAAGAUAAGGGACAUCUUAGUUUGACAUGGAAAACGUGGGCAUUGUAAAUUAGACAAUUUGUAGCUAAUGACUGGCUUUUUGAACACGCUUGCAAAAUGAAUCUGUUAGUCUCAAACGUGUUAACGAAAAAAUGUAGCUGAAUUAUAUUCAGGAAUCAAAUAAAACUGCACAAUUGGCUUUCUUAGACUAUGCUCUGUCCUCUGACAGACAGAUAUGGGUCAAU